AUGAUUACUCGUCAUAUACCAUCUGGUGGACUGCCUAUUUCGAAAGCGCGUGGCUAUACAACAAGUGCAAAAGUGCGGCGACUGAACCUACCGAUAGACUUUAAAGCCACGCCAUUGCUGCACCAUUCUCCGAAAACAUUCCAAAGCAGUGGCAUUCCAACUGAAGGGACGUCCAAGCGAUUGAAUCUCUGCCAGGCCGUCAAUACCGCUUUAGCCACCGCACUGCGUUCAUCCAAAGACGUACUUUGCUUCGGUGAAGAUGUUGCAUUCGGCGGAGUUUUUCGCUGCACGAGUGGACUUCAAAGCGAGUUUGGUUCCCACCGGGUCUUCAAUACUCCUCUGACGGAGCAAGGCAUUGUUGGUGCAGCGAUAGGUGCCGCAGCGGAGGGAAGAAAGCCGGUUGUUGAGAUCCAAUUUGCAGAUUACGUCUUCCCUGCGUUUGAUCAAAUUGUCAAUGAAGCGAGUAAGUUUCGGUACCGAGAGGGUGCUACGGGCAGCAAUCUUGGGGGUAUGGUCAUUAGGAUGCCUUGUGGAGGUGUUGGGCAUGGUGCAUUAUACCACACCCAAUCACCAGAGAGUCUCUUUUGUCAUAUCCCAGGUUUCAAGGUCAUCAUGCCGCGCUCGCCGUCUCAGGCAAAGGGCCUGCUGUUGUCUGCGAUACUCGAAUCGAAGGACCCAGUCAUCUUCCUCGAGCCUAAGAUCCUCUAUCGGGCUGCCGUGGAAGAGGUCCCGGAAAUUCCGUACACACUGCCACUCAGCAGAGCGGAGGUCCUGAAGCAGGGUGCCGAUCUGACGAUUGUCUCAUAUGGCCGACCACUUUAUACGUGCCAGGCUGCAAUUGAGGCCAUUGAGAAGGAGAUUCCGGGCGUCACCAUUGAGUUGAUUGAUUUGCGAACUAUUUAUCCCUGGGAUAGGGAGACUGUGACUGAAAGUGUCAAGAAGACCGGUCGCAGCAUUAUCGUUCAUGAAAGUAUGGUCAAUUUCGGCGUUGGUGCAGAAGUCGCGUCAACGAUACAAGAAAAUGCCUUUUUUCAUCUCCAGGCUCCCGUCAAGCGGGUUGCUGGGUGGUCUACUCACACGGGGUUAGCCUGGGAGAAAUACAUUCUCCCUGAUGUUACCAGGAUUUAUGAUGCUAUCAAGGAGACACUGAAGGUUUGA